GUCAGUCGGUUAGCGGCCGUGCCGGCGUUCGGGUCUCCGGGGGCGCGCGUGACGAUCUGGGGCGUGCCUGUGACUGUGACUGACGAGUGUGACGGGAUCGGAGACGAGCGCGAGCCCAGGGAGUGCCGAGCGGAGCUGGAUAUCGCAUUACAGGAUGACCGCUGGCCCGGUGACCUGACCUGACCGACCCGCCCCGGUCCGCCGCCGUCCGGUCAUGAUGCUAAUGGACGGCGGCCAGCCGCGCCGCGGCGGCCCCCGCCUCUACCAGUACCUGCCUGCCGAGGGGGCCGUGUACGCGGUGCCGAGCAUCGCGCCCCACCCGGCUCACCACCUGGCGCCGCCCCUGCUGCCGCCCAAGGAGAAGAAGAAAUCGCUCUCCGACUGGCUAAAGUUCGGCAAGAAGAGUCGGUCGGAUGACCGCCAGCUGCGCGAGCUGGUCCGCUCGCCGCCGGUCUCCGAGUACCAGGAGCCGACACCGGCCACCGCCUCGGCGCUGGCCCGCUCGAUGCGUUACGCCGAGGCGUGGCUGGCCGACCAGCCGCGACGGCCUCCCUCCCAGUUCGCUGCGCCCGUGGCCAGGCCUUACGGCACGGUGGCGGCCCGGAUGCCGCCGCGUCGACCCACGGCACGAGCCGCCUUCGACGCACCUCCGCCGCCCGGGGCGUUGGUUUACCCAUGGGAGACAUACGCUCCGGCCGAGUACGCCGUGCCCGUGGUGGCCACGCCGGUCGAUGACCCUCCUCCUCUGCCACCCGGCGUGUGCAACUGCAAAAAGUCGCUCAUGGAGAGCGUCCGCGGUAGGAAGAAGACGUCGUGUAAGCGCUGUGGCGCCGAGAAGCUGACGGUGCGCCAGGUAAAGGCUCGCUCACGAGCUGCCGCCUCACCGUCGCAGUAUCAGGACCCGUACGUGGCCGUGCGGAGGUCCAGACUGGGAGCGUCUGACGGCGAUCUCUACGAACGGCCCCGCUCGCAGAGCCACGAGCGUCCCCCGGCGCCUUCUCCCGGCGAGUACGCCAUUCCGCGUGUGGACGGCCGACUCCGUGCCGGCUACACGAGAGCUGUGGACGCCGGCUGGCCGCAGCCGGUUGGGUACGCGCCGGGAGCGGUGGCCUACCAGGCCUCGUGGGCGGCGCCGCCGAUGCCGCCCAGCGAGAGCCUCGACAACAACUACCUGGCCCGGGAGAGCUCGGCGCAUACGGCGCAGAAGAGACGAGCCCUGCUGCAGGUGCCCUGUCCGGCGCCGCCUCCGCCGCCUUCCAAGGCACAGGUGCCGCAGACACUCACCACCUUCCUCCCCGAGCCGCCGCGGCCGAAGGAGAAGCAGAAGGAGACGAAGAGCAAGGAGAAGGAGUCGGAGAGCGGCGGCGUGUCGCCCGACUCUGGUUCUUCGUCUCUCUCGGAGGAUGAGUGGAGCGCAGAGGAGUCCACCACGCCGCCCAAGCGGGAGACGAAGUCGAAGGAUGAUGACUUCAGACUGGGUCCCAGUGCGCGGGGAACGAGCGCGCUGAGGCUGUCUCCAGCCGGCGUCGAGCCGAUCCGAUUCCCACAGACGGUCGGAGGCUCCAGGCUCGCCAAACUCUCCCUGGCUGGAUCGUCCAGUGUGAGGAUCACUCAGAGGGAGCGGAAAAUGGCGACUGCGCCUCUGCCUCCGGCCGAAGUCCCACCGCUACCAACCGAGCCGCCGCCACCGCCACCACCUUCUCAACCACCACCCCCGCCCUCUCAGCCACCACCAAAACAGUCGAUACCGGCCGCUCCGCCGCCGCCACCUGCACCGUCCGUUCCCGCUCCGACCUCGACAAUACCACCUCCUCCUCCUCCCCCACCGCCUCCACCCCCGCCGCCACAGACAGGCGGCAUCCAGCCUCUGAAGCCACCGAGAAGGAAGAAGGCCGCUGCAGAGGAGCAGACGGAAACGGAGCCGGACGCGGAGCCAGGGACGGCGACGGCAAAGAAGCUGGAGGUCCAGCAAGGAGCGCCGCAGCCCAUAAUCUCCAUGAGCGAUAUUCUUCAGGUGAAGUCCAUCUUGAAGAAGACGCCGGCGGCCGACUCUUCCUCCGGCACUUCGGGCACCGACACCGGCUCCGAAUGUGGCGCGGUGGUGCCUACUCUGGCGCAGCUGAAGCAGCAGCGCCAGAAACGUGUCCACUUCCGCUCACACGACAGCCUCUCCGGCGACAAGAAAGGAUCCUCCGGCGAUAAAAAGGCGUCUGACAAGAUCGAGGACCCAGACGACAAGCAGCACGAUAUCGUCGCCGCCAUCACCGACGCCUACGAUCGUGUAAACCGGACUCAGCACGACGCUGAUGGUGAAAUGACGUCAUCAAAGGAGGAGCGGACAAAGGAUGCGACCGCGAGCGGACCGGAGGGUGACGUCAAAAUGACGUCAUCUGGAGCCGGCGCCGGCGAGGUGACCGUGAGCGGCUCCACGGUAGCCAUCGAGAUCGGCGAGAAUGGCCAGUGGCGAACAACAAACGUCAGCAUCGCGACAGAUACUGAAGAGACAGUGCUGUCGCCGGCCGGGUCGCCCAUCUCCAACAAGGCGCUGCUCUUCAACGACACCAUGCGUCUGCACAUGCCGGUGCCGCGGCCGUCAGUGCAGGACGUGUUCUCUCCUCCUUCCUCCGACGGUGGCGCCAGGCGCUCCAGCAUCGGCAAGUCCAACUCGUUCAGGACCCAUCUGGGGAGGCCGCGCGAGCCGCCGCCACCGCCUCCCGAGAAGCCGUCCCCGCCGCCAGCUGGGGAGGCGGCAGAACCUGCUCCAGUCCCGGAGACCUCCGCUCUAGCCUCGUCUCCAUCCGCUGCUCCGAUCAGAGAGCAGCCGAAGAUGGAGCUCCGAGGCACGCCUUCGACAGAGACAGCGCAAAAGGCUUCAGCACCUUCCUCGUCUAGCAAAGCAGCCAACAGCCGCACGAGCACUGUGCCGACAGCGGCCAAGACGAAGACGACCACGACGAAUAGAGCGGCAUCCAAGAUACCCACCAAGUCGCCGUCGAAGUCUCCUUUGAAGUCUUCGUCGCCAUACGCGGCGCCAGUCCCUGUCACACCGUCGAGGCCGCUGAACGCCGCGCCGAGGGCCCGUCCGGCUUCUCUGUCGACGUUCAGUCCCAACGCGCCGCUAACUGUCAGCGGACCGAUCACAGAGCUGGACCUGGGCCGGCGACGGUCCCAGGCAGCGGCUCGAGGUCGGCCGAGCCCGCCAGCACGAGCCGGACUGGCAGUGGCCAUCCCGCAGGUGCCUGUCUCCGGCAGCGGUGACAGCAGCGGCGGCAGCAGCGCCGACAGCGGCCGGGGAGACAGCCGUGCUGGCAGUAGGGACAGUAGCACGGCUCGCGUGCCGCCCCUGCACGCGCCACAGCCGGGCACGGAGUCCGACCGCGUCUCCGUGUCGUCAGAAGGCAGUGACACCCCUCCUCCGCUGCCGAGCAGCGCCCCGCCGCCUCUGCCGAGCUCGGCACCGCCGCCGCUGCUGCACACCAGCACAUCCCUUCCCUCGUUCCACACCAGUGUGUCACUACCGACCCUGCGCGGCGACUCACCUCCGCCGCUGCCCUCCAGCUCUCCUCCGCCUCUCGACGAUGAGACGUCGAGCCCAGCUCCCUCGCCAGUCUCCUCGUCAUCCUCGCCGUCAACGCCGAUCGUCUCUGCCGAGACGCGGCUCCAGCGCGUCUUGGACUCCAUCGCCGCCGAGGCGCGCGCCGUUCCGCGUACCCCCUCGGAGGCAGCUCCUCCUCGCAGCUACUGCUCUGUCGACGCCAUGAUUGAGUGGCGCACUGACGAGCCAGAACCUGACCACAUCUACGAGGAGAUCCCGGAGCGUCGCCAGCGGCCGCGGCUGCGCGCGCUGCUGCAGACAGUGACCGGCUCUCCGGCGCUGCCGGCGCGCCGGACGUCCAUGUUCGGUGGUGCGUCACGAGCGGAGAUCCUCAGCUACUUGCAGACGGCCCGAGAGCGGCAGCUGGCCUCGGAGCCGGAGACGGAGUACGGAUGGGACUGGAGCGGGCCGACCAGCUCCACCAGUGACACGUCAGAGGAGGGACGGCCCGGCUCGGCAAAGAUGGGCCGCAGCCUAUCCGCCGAGGUGGAACGGACGGAUUCCGGCGUCGGCUCGGAGACCAGCAAGGGCACCGUCCAGCUGGGGGACCACGACUGUGACGACUGCCUGCAGCCGGUGCCCACUCAGGUCUCAGAUAGCGGUGAGCUGUUUGACCCGUCCGUCUGCGGAAAAUGUGAGAAGAAGCGCCAGGAGCGGAAGGAGAUUCUCACGGAGAUCGUGGAGACGGAGCUCAAGUACGGGCGCGACCUGCGCGUGAUGCUCGAGGAGUUCUACCGGCCCAUGCUGGUGGCCGGACUGCUCACCCACGAACAGCUCUCACAGAUCUUCCUCAAUGUUGAGGAGCUACUGGAGGUGAGCCGUCAGCUGACAGCCCGGCUCAAAGACGCCCUCGAGACGGCGCUCAACGUCGGCGACGACGACCUUCUGAGCGUCAGCAUCGGCGACGCGUUUCUGGACGGGCUGGACAACACGCUGCGCGCCUUCGAGACCUACUGCACUAAACAGGGUGCCGCCUCUCUGCUUCUCGCCAGCCUGGAGAAGGAGCGAGAGCUGCUGCGCGUCUUCCUCAAGGUCUCCCAGAUGGAGAACAGCCUCCUGCGGCGAAUGAACCUCAGCUCGUUCCUAAUGGUGCCCAUCCAGCGGGUGACCAAGUACCCCCUGCUGCUGUCUCGGCUGCGUAACGUCACCCCUGCCAGUCACGAGAGCAGUGGCCCGCUGGCUGAGGCCCAGGAGAGGAUCGAACUUCACCUGGAGCAUAUGAACGCCACGGCGAAGGAGAGCGGCGGCUCGCGCAUCUGGCGCCGGAUCUCCAUGAUGGGAGCCAGUACCACACCCAUGAAGCGGAGUGUCUCCGAACAGGACAUUACCACACUACGGCUGAGGAAGUUCGGUCUGGAGGUUCUCGACUGGGCAGCUGAGGACUCCACCGUGGCCCUGGAGGGCCGCCUCCUCUACACCCUGCCCGCCGAGAACAACUGGACUCGCCGCGGCCGGUUCUCAGUCCGUAUGACCGCCGUACACGCCCUGCUAGUGACCAGAGGCGGCGGCGGCGCGGCCGACUGGACUGGCCACCUAGCGGCCGGCGAGCGAACCCUGUUCCCGCGCACCGGCCGCCUGCAGCAGGGGGCGCUGCUGCUGGUCAAGGACAGGUCCGCCAGCAGGAUGGCACUCGUCAGGGAGCCGCUGUUUCUGGACAAGUGCAUCGUCUGCACGGAUCCCGAGGUCCGCGAGUGCUUCGAGAUCCACGAGCACACGACCAAAGAAUCACUCAUUGUCAAGGCGGAGGACGGCGAUCGAACCGAUCUGUGGCUCCGCCACCUGCAGUACCUCGCGCAGCGGCUCGGCACCUGGCGAAAACGCCGCAACGGCCUGGCCAACAUCAUGAUCGGCCUGUCCGAGAUGUAGGUGCUGCCACCUACACACGCGGCCGACGUAUGGUGCUGCCAUCUGUGAUAGUCUGCGGACGUGCGGUUGCUGCGCCCCGCAGAUCGCUGUGCGAUGCCUGUUCCAGCUGUGACCUUUGAAUGAACGAACUAUUGCCCCCUGGAGGGGCUGCUGUAUAUCGAAACUUGUACUCGUGAGUGUGUGAAUGUGCCCUAAGCGUAGUCGAGAGGCUAAUACCAGACGUGGCCGAUUUUGUGUAUCUGAGGCCAUUUCUACUCGGCAUGUAUAGCUACAUGUGCUAAUAUACAAACAACCGAACUCC